GAGAAAGUGAUGGCCACAUCACGUUGAUGUUUGCCGGACGUAUCACAGGACUAACUGAUAAAAGCAAAGUGUCCUUCAACGACGUAGGGCUCUCUCAUGUGGUUCGUUCACCUCCUCUGUUGCGGGUCCAUUCAUAUUCAUGUAUGCAAUAACCCCCGUACGAGAUGUGAUCCGUCACCAUAGAUGCCAUCAUCGGGAAAAAACAAUUUCGAUGAAGCCCAUCUCUUGUUAUUAUUAUUUUCGAUGCUAACCCCGAGACUGUAGGAAUCGGCUGCUACCUUUUUUGUCUAGCUGGAAAGAAGAGAGAAAUAAGUCAGUAAAAAGGUAGAAGAAAAGACAGAAAAGAAGGAGGGAGUUCAAAGAUGGCCUCGAGCUGAACAAGCAUGAAGGCCAAAGCCUCAUGUUACAUACCUAUGGCAACACGAAGGGAGCCAACCACGGUCGCAUGCGUCUAUAUACCUGGUCGGGACUACAUUCCACUCUUUGGCAGUAGUUUGCUUGGGUUUCUCACGUCACGGGCGCCAUUUUGAUGGUCCGCCUUGCUGGGGAACGUUCGCUUGUUGUUAUAGUCUGCUCCUCCAGCAGCUUCGCGGUCGUUCUCAUCGAUUUCCCUCCCGACGUGAUUCAACUGGACAGACGUUUUGCGUCCGUUUUACGCCAUUUCGUUUCUGUGUUUUACGGCCGAGUGUGAUCUUUUUUAAGAGUGAACUAGAUUGUGACUACUGUGUGUGACGUGUGUUUGCACGUGCGGAAUCGUUUGUGCAACCCAAAGAAAUAAGACGGAAAUAUUUGCUCGUCUUUCUGUUUUACCGGAAUGGCAACUGGGCGGAUAUCUCUUAUUUUCUGACUUUACGGGUCGCCGGUGCCGGCGUAAUGGAAACCGGCCGUGUGACGACGCACGAAUUUAAUUCGCACGGAUCUUGAUGCACAUCUAGUUUUUCGUUCAUCUACAAAAUAUCCAACAAAAAACUCUUUUACAUUUUAUUUUGCACACAUUGCACCACCAAAUCUUAAUUUAAAAAAAAACCAAAACAUGGGCAACGCCCAUUCUGCUCUUCCGCACGAUCCGCUCGAAUCGGCCGUAACCCAUCCGAUCGCUCCGGUGGCCAAUGAAAUCGACAAGGCUGAGAAGAGCGAGACCAAGGAGAGCGGACGCCAUAAGAGGAUGGAGCGAUUGCGGAGAAGCUUCCGCGAAAGUUUCCGUCGCCGCAAAGACCACGUCCCCGAGAGUUCAAAACCGCACCAAUGGCAGUCGGACGAGGCUGCCGUUCGAGCUGGAACUUGCAAUUUUUACGUCAAGUAUCUGGGAUGCGUGGAAGUGUACGAGUCACGUGGUAUGCCUGUUUGCGAGGAAGCACUCAAAGUGCUCAGGAAUUCUAGACGUCGACCAGUAAAAGGCGUUCUGCACAUUUCCGGCGAUGGAUUACGAGUUGUCGAAGAAGACACCAAAGGAUUGAUUGUCGACCAGACGAUUGAGAAAGUCUCCUUUUGUGCUCCGGAUCGUAAUCACGAAAAAGGAUUCUCGUACAUCUGUCGUGAUGGUACUACGCGUCGUUGGAUGUGCCACGGAUUCUUGGCCAGCAAAGACUCGGGAGAGCGGUUGAGUCAUGCAGUGGGUUGCGCUUUUGCCGUUUGCUUGGAACGGAAACAAAAACGAGAUAAGGAGUGCAGCGUGACGAUGAAUUUCGACACCUCCAACUCUACAUUCACGCGCUCGGGCAGUUUUAGAGCAGCGCCCUUGACGGAACGCAUUCAAGAUCCGCAGGAAUACAGACCGGCCGAACCACCGGCGCCGGCCAAGGCAGUGGUCAAUCCGUUCGCCAUUGAACGUCCCCACGCUGCUCCGCACCUGCUCGAGCGACAAGGCUCAUUUCGUGGGCUCUCCCAGCUCAAUCAGAGUUCACCUUUCAAACGUCAGAUGUCGCUUCGAAUCGGAGAUUUACCCUCGACCGUCGAACGCCAACAAAACUCGUUGAGCAAUGAAGCACCCAGCUACAAGUCCAACCUGAUCGUCACGCCUGAAAGUCCUCAGCCUCCUCCUCGAGUCAGUCGUCACCGUAUGCAGCCAUCUCCUAGCCAAGACUCAUCUAUGACUCCGAUUCCGGAAACUUCGCCUAUGGUAGAACGUUCCAACGCAGUUAGCGCCAUGUGUCAGCAGCUAUCCCAAGGAUUGUCACUCUUAUCGUCUACUGAUGAUCCCUUCCUGGUGGACAACAAAGUCAACAUGGUCCCACCCACUAACGGAUUCCAGGUGAACAAUAAGGAAGCGUCGGUGAACAAUCCAAUGUCACGAGGGGAACAGUGGCUGGGCAGUUUAACGGCCAGCGUGGCGUCCCAAGGACCGAGCUCGCUGCCGCCACGUCGCCCGCCUGCCUUGAUGGCUCAUUCACGAUCCCAAUCACUAGGAUCGCCCCCAGAAGCUCCUUCCAUUGCUCCGGCCAGUCAUUCUUUGGCCACUCCGCCACCACACUUGCCGGCGAUACCACCGCGCAGUCCUUUCCACACGGCUCUUCAUUCCUCUUCUUCUUCGCCCACCAGUACGCCGGCACAUCAUUCCCCGUCAAUCACCAAUCGAACAAACGCACUAAUAUCGGAUCCGUUCGACGCCGAAUGGGCCGCUUUAGCCACGCGCAGUCCCAGCAACACAAAUCCUUUUCUUCAGAAUUCUGUCGUCAAGACCUUUGAAGUUCGUAUGUAGAGACGAUGGCACACUUCUUUUCAGUAAUUCUUCCUUCCCCCGUUACCCUGAGACAACUAACCCAUCAGUGGUUUUACCUUUUUUUUUUAAAUGCCAGACUGAUUUGAUGUAUUAUAUAUACCUCUCCCAUACCAACCCUUAAAAAUUCCUUCUUUCUUUAAUUUUUCUUUCAAGAAAACACAGACAUUCCUAUACUUCGUGUGCCGGAACGCUCUUAAUUUUGCCAUCAUCAUUUUUUGUGCUUUGUUUUUCCUCUUAGAUAUCAUUUGAUUUGAUCCCUGCCAAUUCAAAGUUUGCCCCUUGUGCAACGAUGGCGGGAUAUGAACCUUUACAACAGUUCUAAAAAUUUGCGAUGCCCAUUCCCUAUAUUUCGCUGAGCUGUCAAAGCUGGCCAGAUCUCGCGCGUGGGUAUUGAAACAUGAACUAAUUCCAUCCUUUUAUUUUAAAUUUCGCAUCGACUUGGUCAUGUAGUGAUGCUGUCGGCUGAAAUUAGUAGAUAGGGUGAGGAGAGACGGGAACGAACGAUUAUUUUGGUUAACUUUUGUUUUUAGUUUUGUCGUCCAUUUCGCACCAGACUGUUGCCCUCCUAAACAACGGACAAUUAACGAUUUGAUUUCGAUCCGCAGGCUUUUUUUCAUGGAAGCGCGGACUCUUGCACAAUUUUGUACAUCUCUUUAUCUUUAAACUAAACGAAAAACAAACCAACAAAAAACAGACAAAAGAGGAAGAAAUUAUUAUAAUAAGCUCUGUCGUGUGUGUGUUUCUAUGUAUAUAAUAACAAUGUCAAGGACUACCCCGAUCGUAUUCGGGCAAGAGUUGUUUCGAACGAAAUUUAAGACUUGCAACGUGGUGCCGUAUAGCAUAAAAUAAGUGAUAGAUGAUGAUGAUUCACACGCUCAGUGAUUGUUUCGUCAAAGAAAAUGAGUAUGGGCUUUGUGUGGAGGGUGGGGGACAUCGGACACUAUUCUAAAUUAUACGCACCGAUUUGCUUCUUGCAGACCAUUUUCUCGCCGCUGUUUAUUUGUUGAUGAUCAUUAAUAACUGUGUGCCCUACUUUCCCAUCUGCUGUGGCCGUGUUUUGUAAGAAUUUCGGAGCCGGACGCCUUUACCGAUGUCUAUUUCUACACCAUUCAGGCACACGUUCAACCAACAAAUGAAGGCAUAACAUUUCCGAUUUUGUCGCUUUUCACUCCCAUCUUUCCCUUUUCCUUCCUUUUAUUUCAUCCUUCUUAUUUUUUUUUUGCCAAGGAAUGUUUCAAAGUGUGUUUAUAUAUAUAACCUUAAUCACACUUUACAAAAAUCUACAAAAAUUCUUAAUCAACCCUAAAAUUUGAUGGACUUUCUUCAAUGUUGUAACGACAAUACAAUCUUCUCGUUCUCAUCCGUUAGCUUUUCCCUAGUUUAUGAUAAACUUGAUAGGGUGAGUUUCUAUUGCGGUAAGGACAAAAUUUGUCGAAAUAAAUUCAAUCGAUUGAAUAAUUAAUGGUUUUUCUUUUUUUUUUGUAGGUCUAAGGUUUUGAUAAAGGAAAAUGGGUUCAUGAGAUAAACAAAUAAAUGGCCAUAUGAAUUUGUUAUCUAGGUAAGUGAUAUCUUUCAUUUCUUUCAGAUUGCUUUCAGUUUUUGUUGUUUUACAAUCGUACGGUUAUAAACUUAUGCAUUAUUGCUUCGAGGAAAAACCUUUAACCUGAAUUAUAUAUGUAAGUCCCAACUUUUUGCGUUAAAGUUGUGACGGUAAUAACAAUUUCUAGGUUACAGUAGCGACUUGAAUUAUUGAUCAAACGUUUUCAACUUUCUUGCGAUAAAAAGUUGGGUUAGCCACCAGCAGGAAUACUUUUAUCGUUAUAAUCCUAUGACGUACAAUUAACUCAGUAAAUCGAUAAAACUCUUGUGAAAUUGAAGAUUCUUACAUAUCCAUAUACGAACGCCAACUUUUUAGAAACUCUGACAUAGCUAAGCGUCCGGAAUUAGGAAAUCACCACCAUGUUUGUGAGUAAACAUCAAACGCUCUUAUAGCCUCUAGGUGAAAUCUUUGAAUUAUUCUGGCGCAUGCCCGUUGCGUUUGAGAUCCUGCAGAUGAAAAAUGUUGUUGUUUACCGGCGCCAGCAAAAGAACCAGUUCAGUCCGGUUUUAGCAUAUAAGACAUCUCGCACGCGGGUCUGUAUACUGUCGCAUCGGCAUGGGAAGCAUCAACGCGGAUAGAAUCAAGUUACUUCUGUACGGCUGUGAAGUCGUACCCCGUAUCAGUGAAACUAAGUCGUCAUGAUAUCGCAAUCGGAAAUCAAGCCACUUAUUUUAUCGACAAGUGAGUCGAAGUGGAGCAUAAUUCUCUAUCCGAACACGCGAAACAAUGUUGAUGUACCGUUUUCUGUGAGCAGUCGAUGUUUCAAGACCAAUAUCAACUGGACUAAUUUCGUCAAACCAGGAGAAGAAGUCAGGAAGAACGAUCCAACAUGACCGAAAAAACUG